UUGUAACCUGCCUUUUUGACACGUGCUUUUAACAUAAACAGUCUGAAGCUGAUGGUGGUUGAUUUUAAUUACUUUUUAACUAAAUAUGACGACCUGCGAUCUCAACGUCAACUUUAUUGUACCCGAGAAAAAGCCCAAGGUGCACAAAAGAAUUGACUCAGCAUUACAACCUGCUUCAAAUCUCCAGUCGUUUCAUAAGAAUUUGCAGAAGAAUGACUUCCCUAAGAAGGGUAAAUUUUUCAAGCCGAAUAAAGACGAUGUGGAUAGCAAUAAAGGCAAAACUUCUUCGCUUUUCCACCACAACCCUGAAAUACCGGAUGCGACGGAUUUUGACGUCGUCCCGAUUGAGGAGCCGCUCUUUUCCCAAAACACAUUCAAAAGCCUUGGCGUCCUUCAUCCCCAUCUUGUAGCGAAUCUGGAACAGUUAUUUCAGAUUACGAAGAUGACGAUAGUUCAACAGCUUACGAUUCCGCCGUUGCUACAAGGACAAGACGCCCUUGUGAGAUCGCAGACCGGAAGCGGGAAAACUCUAGCGUACGCUGUACCGAUAAUGCAGAUGCUUCAGUCAAUUACGCCAAAAAUAGCCAGGAAUGAUGGUGUAAAAGCUUUGAUUAUUCUGCCAACACGAGAACUCGCACUGCAAACUUAUGAAUGUUUUUUAAAACUCUGUCGUGCAUUUACUUGGAUAGUCCCUGGUAUAAUAGUGGGCGGUGAGAAGAAAAAAUCAGAGAAGGCUAGACUGAGGAAAGGCAUAAAUGUGCUAGUCGGAACGCCUGGUAGAAUACUCGAUCACGCCCAGCACACGCAGGUUUUAUUGUUGCACAAACUUGACUGGCUUAUUCUCGACGAGGCUGACAAGCUUCUUGACCUUGGCUACGAAAGAGAUAUCGGAAGCCUGGUCUCGAUGAUAAAAGACCAGAGGGAUCGUUCAGAUGAGGAUGUCGGAAAGAAGCAGACGGUGUUGCUUUCAGCGACUCUUGGCCCGGGAGUCGAACGAUUAGCUGGUCUUACUCUCAAUAAACCUUUAAAAAUUGAUGCAAGUCAAAAUGACAUGCCUGAAAAUGAUGCUUUGGUGAUUCCACACCAACUGUCUCAGAAAUAUGUUGUCACACCUGCUAAAUUACGUUUGGUGACAUUGGCUUCUUUUAUUGUAACAAUAUGCGAGGUUGAAGGGAAAAGUAAGGUGUUAAUAUUUAUGGCUACACAAGAUAUGGUUGAUUAUUACACAGAUUUAAUACCUUCUGUAAUCACUUCAAAUGUCGUUUAUUUCAAACUACACGGCAACAUGACUCAGACAGACAGGGUCGAGGUUUUUAAUAAGUUCAGACAAUCUGAUUCCGGUGUUCUCCUCUGCACUGAUGUUGGUGCGAGAGGCUUGGAUUUACCACAGGUCGAUUGGAUCGUACAGUUUACCGCUCCUAUAGAACCGAACAAGUAUGUACACAGGGUCGGGAGGACGGCUAGGGUCGGCACUUCAGGAUCGUCCUUGCUCUUCCUCAUCCCGUCCGAGCUACCUUUCCUUCAGUUUCUUCAGGAGAAGAGGAUCAAACUCGAGGAGGUGAACAUGGAGAAUUACUUGAAGAAUCUACUUAAAAUAAAACUUGAAUCAAAAGAUGGCCAAAGUUAUGGUUCUGGUGUUGAAGGCGCAGCGACUAUGUUGCAGCACAAUUUUGAACAUGCCGUUCUAAACGAGAAAGGACUGCACUCCCUUGCUUGUAAAGCGUACAGGUCUUGGGUCAGAUUUUAUGCAUCAUACCCCAACGAAUCAAGGGUGGCGUUUAAUUUCAAGAGCCUCCACCUUGGACACCACGCGAAAUGUUUUGCCCUUCGAGACACACCUUCGGUGAUUGGGGGCAUCGGCAAACCAAAUUUCAAGCUGAAAAACCGGUCCAAAAGGAAGGUGAAGAAGGACUCACUGGGCCUGGAGGCUCAGGCGUCUAGGACCAAGAGGCUCAUAACGUCGGAAUUCGAUUCGGGGAUGCCUUCGAAAAAGAGGAAGACGUGAAUGUAUCUCAUUCGUCGCAUCACAGGAAAGGAAAACGUGCUAAAUUCGCACAAAAAGACCAAGGGGGGUUGUCAAAUGAAUAUUAACAAUCCCAAUUUUAUUAAGUUAGGUUCGUAGGAAUAGAAUACAUUCAAACCGUGUGUGCAGACAUACGUUACAUCAACAGUUCAAACCAGACAGACCGUAAAAUUAAUUUAAAAAACACUUAUUCAAAUUCAAACAAGGUUACAUAUAUAAUUGUAGGGUAAAUAGAAAAAUAAGUGUAUAAUGGAAAAAAUUAAGGGCUAGUUAAUAAAAUAAGGAAAUAUCUUUUAAGAAAAAUUUUACGUAUAAAACUGGCUUAUAUUUCGGAGAUAGAAGGAGAUAACUAUUUAAUAUUUCAGACAUUAAAAAAAAUUAUAUUCUCAGCAUUAAAUUAUGUUUCAUUGUGCUAAUUGGGCUUCUGGUCCAAAAAAAAUUGGUAUAUUUGAUUUUAUAUUAUUUGUCCUUUGGAAGUCGGAAAAAUAAAUGUACUCCUAAAUUUAGCCUAAAAAUCGCUGGAUAAGCGUAUUUUAUAUAUAAUUCGGCCCUACACAAAUUUUUACAAAAAAAUAGCCCAACUUUCCUGCUUAGUCGUAUGUUAUUUAUAUAAAUUUAUAUAUUGAAAAUUAAUUUCUCAGAUUAACUAACACGUAAAAUGAUAAAUA